CAACUUCUGAACGUUCAAUUAAACGAUUCUUCCGAUUAUGGGAUCAGGUUCUGCAUUGAUCGUUGCCGUAAUUUAAAAGAAAGUGGGUUUACACUAAUCGUUCAGGAUCCACCUCCAUCACCAACGAGACCACCAGAACCUGAAAAUAUAACCCUCGAGAUUAAGGAAGGAGAACCACUGAACAUCACUUGCCGUGCCAGAAUGAGGACGGAAAGUACAUCUGUCAUGUGGCUGAAAGACAACCGACUCAUCGAGAAAGGACGAAACAGAUUCCUCUUCAUUCAAAGUAUAAAUAAAUCACAAGCUGGAAGCUAUAUGUGUGUUUCAAUGUCCCAAUUCGGAGAUCACAGCCCGUCUUUUACUGCUGUUGAUGUUCUAUAUGCACCGAAAAUAAUCAACCCUAAUAAAAAAGUGGCUUUGGAGUUAACAAGAGGAAAUUCAACCAGGCUUAAAUGUACAGCCGAUGCAAAUCCUUCCCCGACUUUCACUUGGCGCACGCUCGAUGGAGAGAUUACGCAAGGCUUUUCACAUACCUCAAACUCAAGUUCCUUGAUAGUCACUCCCAUAAAUGAUAGGGACUUUACAAGUUACAUAUGUUUAGCAACCAAUAAGAUAGCGAUUGACUCGGUGACGUUCACGUUGCACGAAAAGGGUAUCAGAAAACACCCAGAGUUACACGAAGAACCUGAAACAAGUGCCUCCAAAAAUGUCAAUGCAGAUGGCAGAGAGUCACUCACCAAGUACCUGUCUAUAACAGCGGGCUUAGUGGUGAUCGCGAUCUUUGCUCUCUUCAUCAAACGAUAUAUGGCUAAGAGAUCCAGAGGACAGACAAAUCAGCGAACACGUGAAGAAGCCGAUGAGCUCCAAAUGGUGUCCUUGAGAUCGCAAGCCACAUGCAACGAGUUUUUUCCAAAUGGAGCUUGCAACGUAUCCUCAUCGGGUGACCCUGAAUGGGAAAUACCGCGAGCAAGGCUGAAUGUGGAGAAGGUUAUUGGGCGUGGCGCAUUCGGCGUGGUGUCACGAGGCUUAGCGUUUGAUUUGCCGGGAAAACCAGGAUGGACUGUGGUAGCAGUGAAGAGCGUUCAAGAUGAUGCUUCAGAAAAAGAGAAGGCAGACCUGUUGUCAGAGAUGUCACUCCUUAAACACCUAGAUCCUCAUCCUCACGUCAUCCGCCUUUACGGUUGUGUUACUACUGAAGCCCGGCCACUCGUAGUUGUCGAGUAUGCACAGUAUGGUGACUUGCUUGGGUACCUGAGGAAAAGCCGAGGAGUUCGAGAUAACUACUACAGUGAUCCCUCGGUAGAGCCCCGCACCAGCCUCACUUCCAAGCAACUGCUUCGGUUUGCUUGGCAGAUCAGUGAUGGAAUGGACUACUUGUCGAAGAAAAAGAUCAUUCAUCGCGACUUAGCCGCGAGAAAUGUUUUGGUUGGUGACGAAGACGUUUGCAAAAUCACAGAUUUUGGAAUGGCCAGAGAUGUUUGGGCAGAAGAUAUAUAUGUUCGAACCCACGAGGGCCGUCUUCCAAUUAAAUGGACGGCUCCUGAGGCUCUAUUUGGAAGUGGUGCAUAUACGACACGGAGUGACGUGUGGAGCUUUGGUGUGGUCAUGUACGAGAUCUUCACUGUCGGUGGUGACCCGUUUCCAGGGGUGUAUAUGAGAGAUAUCCCAGCCAUGUUGAAGAACGAGUACAGGAUGCCGCGCCCAAAAUUUGUCAGUGCAAAACUGUUCAAAAUCAUGAUGGAAUGCUGGAAGACUGAUCCCUUAAAGAGACCAGACUUUGAGUGUCUACGGUCACGAAUACACAGCAUGACCAGGGAUGAAGAACAGGACUAUGUCAACUUGGAAGGGCUGUUGUAUGAAAAUGUGCAACCAACAAGUUUUACAGAGGAGUGUUCGGCAUAGCGAUUGAGCUAAAUCUAACGAACCUUAACACAGAUGUAGUUCCUAGGCAAAGAAAAAUAUAAACAGGCUAAAAGCCAAUGGCAAUCAAAGAAUAGUAAAGCACGUUCGAUGAGAUAUUUUUAGUGAGAAGGCCGGGAGUACCGGAACAAAAGAGAAAAGGGAAAUGGAGGUAAAUUAAUACAUUUGUACUCUAAAACAAUCUGCUAUUUCUAGUAAAGUACAUAGAAAUGUUGCAAUAGUAUCAGUGGAACAAUAAAUUUGAACCAUGUUUAACAAGACCAGGGUGAAAUGAAGGCAAUUUGAUGCAGUUGUCUUCCAAAAAAAUCUGCCACUUACAUGACUCCGCGUCUUAGUUUUCUGAGGACGAGUCAGGGCCAAUUUCCGAGUUACACAGCAAGGUGAUCUCGAUGACCUAGUUUUCUGAACACAAAUCAAACUGUGCAACUUAAUGGGCUAAGUAAAAACAUGGACAUGAGAGUAAAAUUAUUUCGUAGGAGUUCACAUUCAUCCGUUUUGAUGACACAGCUAUAGUUUUUUUUGUCGAAGAUCAAAGCCCCAAACUGCAGUUUAACAACGGGAGUCGAACAUACUUCUGUAAGAGAUAACCCCAUUAUUUAUAAGU